GUAUCGACACCGACCGACGUCAAAUUGACAGAUCACUAACACGACUUUAUGUUUGUGAUGUUAGUGAUUAAAAAUGUUUAUAAAAUCCACUUAAAUUCUUAAAUAAUAUCGUAAAAAAUUACGCUUUGAAAUAUACAAAACCAACUCAAACACGUUACCUAAAUAUAAACCUAACGUUACCUAAAUAAAGGAGCAGUCGCGUGCAAUUGUUUCACAGUAUUUGGUUAAGUUUUACAACACUUUGAAUUUUUUACAUUAUAUUAUAAUGGAAACUCUCUAUCAUCAAACGACUCAGUUAAUACAAGAAGCAUCGGACUUAUUUCAACAGUUAGAGAAGGAUGUGAACAAUGCAGAGUCAAUAGAAAAUGCCAUUCAAUCAAAAAUUAAUGCCAUUAACGCGCACUGCGAGAAACUAGAUGUGUUUGUCUUCAAAACUCCUAUAAACAACAGACCAAUGGCAAAGAUGAGAGUGGACCAAUUGAAAUAUGACAACAGACAUAUUCAGGCCUCGCUGAACAACGCUCAGAACAAGCGGCGGCGGCGCGAGCAGGAGCUGGCGGAGCGCGAGCAGCUGCUGAGCCGGCGCUUCGGGCCCGGCCACGACCACACCAUCACCGUCGACUACCUGGCCCAGGAGCAGCAGUCGCUGCACAACUCGCACAGGAAUGUUGACGAAAUGAUACACACUGGUUCGAAUAUAUUGCAGACGUUACGGUACAACAGGGAUACUCUGAAAGGAGCCCACAAGAGGCUGAUAGACUUGGCCAACACUCUAGGACUUUCCAAUGCCACAAUUUCACUCAUCGAAAGGAGGGUGUCGCAAGAUAAGUAUAUAUUGUUUGGGGGAAUGUUCGUCACCCUUGUUGUAAUCGUUCUUGUAAUUAUAUACUUGGCGUAAAUGGAAUGGUAUAAUUUAGUUGAGAACGUCGUUGAAGUUCAAAAGAGAAUUGUUACCGGAAGUUAAUUAUUUUAUGGGAGUACUAGAUUGGAUAGGUAUUAUAUUGUGCAUAGGAAAAUCAAAAAAUUGCCGAUUUUUUAAUAUCAAUAUUGUUAAAUAAAAUCAAUACCUGCCAAGUUGGCAGUGCCAACGUUAUUUAGCAGUAACAUCUUUGACUAACAUUAUGUUUUAUUUUUUGUACCAUCAUGUACCAUCGUAUAAUUUAGUUACUAAAGAUGCCUUCAAAAAUGCAAGUGUUGUAUGUUAUUUUAGAUUGCGUCUAAGUACGAAAUAUUGUCUGAUACAACGCUAUGCGUUGAACGAAUCGUCCCGUCCUGAGUAUUGUAUUAUGACAUCACCUAAUCUAGUGUUUCCGGUAUAUACGCUUUGUAUGAUUGUAACGGAUUGGACAUGAAUCUAUUUCUUGUAGUGAACUUACUGUCAUUACUGUACAAUCAAGGUAUUAAUUAUCGACACAGAUAUAGUGCCAAAAAUAUGUAUACACGACCUUAUUGUCCGUAGGUAGCGUGCACAUAUUUUUCGCACUAUUUCCUUAUCGAUAUUCAUUCCUUUGACUGUACUGUGACGGGUGUGUAAUGAUCGCUAUAACAAUAAAUGAUCUAUUUUCAUUCGAUAUAACAACAUAUGGUAUAAUUUUGAAUGAUAUAACACUAAGCUAAUAUAAUCAAUGUGUAUACCAACAAGAGGAAUAAUUUUAUAUGAUAUAGCUAAGGGUAGAUAUAAAAUAAAUUAAAUAUAACGAGUACCCAAUAUAAGUUAUAAAUGACAAUUUCUAGCUGUCGUCCCUAAAAUUGAAUCACCCAACAUUUGUAAAAGACUGAAAAAUGUAUCUUUAUUAGUUUGUCGUGUGUGAAAUUAUAUUAGGAUUAAUCCAUAAAAUAAAAUGUAUGCGGAGAGCUUACAUUUAGAAAUCAUACCAUCUAUGUAUAUGUAUUUGCCAUACUAAUAUAGGUUUUAAUUUAACAUGCAAGUACGACUUGGUGGCAAAUCGAUGAAGCUCCGCGUAGCGGGGCUUCUAUUUUCUGCUCUGAGGGGUAAAAGGUAACUAACGAACCUAACCUAACCCAACCUGAAAUUGCGGUUGUAAAUGCUCUUAUUUGUUAUGCGAGCCCCCCGAGCCGCCCUCCUGUCUGUGUCUAUUUUUUAACCUAUACCAUACUUGAUACGACACUCCAAUAUCAAAAAUAUGUCUGUAAAGAUAAUAGCCAAUUAAUGUUAUACAGAACCUUUUAUUAUAAAGUAUGUGCGUUAUACUACCUUGGCAUUAGAUUGAAAGUUAUUAUAUCAAAUACCUGUUAUACUGUAUGAGUGAUAUAUCUGAUAAAAAUAUGUCAUUCGUAUGUAUAUGUAUUAUAAAUUAUACCCCUUGAUCGUUAUAUCGACCAAUAAUAUAUCCAUAGUUGUUACAUACAGCGAAACGCACCCUACAGUGACAUCCGUAGUCGUCAAAUACAUGCUAGUUCCUAUGAUAUCAAAGGUGUGGCAAUAAUUUUGGACGCUAUUUUGAAUUCCAUGUUGCUGACUGAGUGUUUAUAGAGUCGCUCACUUUACUAUAAGUAGGUAAGUACAUAUUUAUAUACUGAAUGUACAAGUUUCCAUUAAAAUCUAUAUCUUUUGUGUUGUUUCUGCUCUAGUUUUUAUCUGCACUUCUCUGCGUACAACUUGUGAGCUGCUAAUGACUUAGCUGACAGUACAGUCGACGUUAGAUUUGUUUACACUUUUGCACUUUACUCCUUCGUAAUAAGGCGAAAAAUGUAAACAUAUCUUUGACGUCGACUGUACAUAGCUCGUUCAUUAUACAUAGUAGUUAAUGGCUAAAGAUGAAAAAAGGCUGUGACCCUUUUUUGAACCUACUGUUAACUUACCGACGUAGGUAGGUUUUCGUUACUAUUGUAUUAUCCUAGAGGUGCGUCCAUAUCCGGUAAUUGCGCCGCUAAGUAGAGUCCCAUUUGGAGAUGGUCGAGCCUUUCUCAAACUGGCGCAUAUGCGGCGCUUUCGGCAGAUAUGUAUAAUUGCAGGUAAAAAACUUAAAUACCUACCUUUUACAGUAUGAACUUUACUGUGAAAACUUUAACCCUUUACCAGGCGAAGGGAUAUAUUCCUCCCACAACUUAUAUAGGUUACCGUAGUCAGGUUUUAACUCCAAACCUCCUACAAAAUACUUUGUCAAUCCCUGAAAAUAGUAUUUUAUGAUCUUCAUUCACAACACGCUUCUCAGUCGCGUAAUAUAUCUUUGGCAGCCGUUUAAAUUCACUUGAACUCUAAUUUCAGUAAACUAUGGAGAAAUUCGAACACUUUCCUUAAUUUCCAUGAAACAGAAGUACAUAGGUCGAACAAUUUUUUGAUAUUUUGUAGAUUUUGAGUGUAGAAAGGUAAUCGUAAAUGUAAUCGUAAACAUUGCUAAAUAUUCAUGCAUUAUUGUGUAUGACCAGAAUUAGGAUGUGGGUUGACAUUAUCCCAUGGCCUUAAUAGAGUUUAACUGUGCGGGAGCUAUUCUUCCCAUGGCCCGGUAAAUUGUCUUGUCAUAUCAUAAAAACUCACGUAAGUAAGAAAACUGUUUUUGUCUUCAACCUAGAGCGAUUGAUUGAUAUAAUGUUUCGCAGUAGAUUUGGAGUUAAACCUUGAUUAUGAUAACCGAUAUAAGACGUGGGAGGAAUAUAUCCCUUCGCCUGAUCAAGAAUAUAAUAAGACAAAAUCGAGUAUGACAGUUAAUUACUUAGACAGGCGAUGGGAUAACCGUAACCCACAUUUUUAGUGUUCCGUACAAAACUUUGUUCACGGAACACUUAUUAUUUCUGGUUUAAAGGAACAUCUCCAACUUUCGUAAAUACAUUUUUUACAAGGCGUUCAAUACGGUUGUAACAGUAUAUACAGUACGUAUGAAGACACGCUAGUUCUUAGGGGCCUGGUAAAGGGUUAAGCAGACAGGAUUAAUCAAACUUAUUAGUUUUCAUAACUUACGUUAUGGAAGAAAUUCCCAAUUCGAAUACUUCGCUGCUAAAUACGAGAAGAGCUUUACCUAUUCCUUUUUUACAUAUAGGUACAGGUACGCACCUUAAUUUUAAGUUUAAAUUAGUAUUGUAAUUAUCUAUGUAAUCUUGAAAAUAAGUAUGCAAAUAUAUUUUAUGGUAAUA